AUGAACGAAACUACGAUGUCUAAUGUCAACCAUACGUCAUCACAAACUUUCGGCAAACUGGAGCAAUUUCAGCCAUCAAUGGCCUGGAAUAAUUACAAAGAACGAAUGGAGUUUUAUUUUGAGGCCAAUGGCAUAUCUAACGACGGAUCAAUGAGAGCAAUAUUUUUAUCAUGUGUUGGGGAAUCUACAUAUGAGAUAAUCCGUUCUUUACUUACACCUCUGUCCCCCAAAGAUGUGUCGUUCCAAGAAAUCGUAGAAAAGUUGGAUGAUCAUUUUCAUCCUAAACCAAAUGAAAUAGUACAGCGAUUUACGUUCCACCAACGUGUUCAGAAGAAUGGGGAAUCAAUUGCUGAUUUUGUUAAAGACUUGAGAAAAUUAUCUGAACACUGCGAUUUCAUGGAACUAGACAAAAUGCUGAGAGAUCAGAUUGUUUGCGGAGUGGCCGAUGAGUCAUUACAAAAGCGUCUGUUUAGUGAACUCAAGUUAGAUUUUAAAAGGGCGUACGAAAUUUCGGUUGCACAUGAAGCAGCCCAGCGCAACGUACUCAACGUCCGUUGCAAUAAUGAAGUGAUGGCAAUGUCAACUAAAAAGAAGUACCAGAGACCAGAACAUUUGCGAUGUUUUCGAUGCGAUGGCAAUCAUUUUGCUGAUAAGUGUUUUUAUAAAGAUAAAAACUGUGAUUUCUGCAAAGUAAAAGGCCACUCAAGCAAAGCAUGUUAUAAAAAGAAGGCAGCUAAUCGUCAACAACAAGCUAUUCACGUAGUAGAUGAAAGACCAGUUCAAGACGAGCCCGAACAUCAGCUCUGUGAAUCAACAGGCUCAUCAAACUAUUUUUAUGAGUUAAAUCACAUCCAGACAGCAAUGUCAAACAAGAUUUUGACACAGGUUUGGCUUAAUGGGGUUAUAGAGUCUUUUGAGGUUGACUCUGGUGCGGCGUGCACCGUGAUUUCAGAAGUUACUUGGAAUCGUAUAAAUCACGAAAACAAGUUGUUGAUUCCAUCGACCAUUACGUUGCAAACUUGGUCCAAGGAGAAGUUGCGCAUUCUGGGAUCAUCUUUGGUGAAUAUAAAAUAUAAUAAUAAAGAUUAUAAAUUGCCAGUUGUUGUUGUUGCAGGUGGUGGGCGUUGUUUGAUGGGAAGAGACUGGUUUCCAAUUUUGGGAAUUUCUGUUCAAGGUGUUUGCGCGUUAGAGGUGGCAGGGAAUGCUUUGAAUUUAGAGGGUAAAUUUCGAAACGUUUUUAGCGAAGAAUUGGGUGCUCACAAAGGGCCACCUGUUUCUUUGGAAAUAUUGCCAGGGUCAAAUCCAAUUUUCCUCAAGCAUCGUCAGUGUCCAAUCGCCUGGAAGCCAGCAGUUGAAACAGAAAUUGAAAAACUCGUUCAACAAAAAAUUUUGGAGCCUGUCAUGUUUUCCCGUUGGGCAACACCCAUUGUACCUGUGCCUAAGUCUGACGGUUCUGUAAGAAUAUGCGGUGAUUACCGGAGCACUGUAAAUGCGGUGAUAAAAACCAAUGCUUACCCUCUACCAACUGUCUCAGAGGUCAUGGCGGCAAUCUCGGACUGCAAAGUAUUCACAAAGUUAGAUUUACAACAGGCCUACCAGCAACUGGUUGUUGAUGACGCCUCGGCAGAGUUGUUGACCCUUAAUACACACAAGGGAUUAUAUAAGGUGCGUAGAUUACCUUUUGGUGUUUCGGCCGCUCCAGGUUUGUUUCAAAAAUUUAUGGAUAGUCUUUUGAUCGGUAUAAAGGGCGUAAAAGCAUAUCUCGAUGAUAUCAUCGUUUCUGGAAAAGACGAAUCUGACCACAAAUGUAAUUUAGAAGCAGUUUUUGAAAAAUUAGCCAAAGCAAACGUGACAGUAAACAAAAAUAAGUGCUUAUUUGCUCAACGCGAAUUGGACUUUCUUGGUUUCCAUAUUAGUGGGGAUGGAAUUUCCCCUAACAAAGAGAAAGUGAGAGCGAUUCAACAGGCACCUACUCCUGAAAAUAAGGAGAUGUUGCAAUCCUUUCUGGGUUUACUUAAUUUUUAUAACUCAUUUUUACCUCAUAAAUCAUCUGUUGCUGAAAAAUUACAUCGAUUGCUUGAUAAAAAUGUGCAAUGGAAAUGGACCGAUGAACAUCAAGGUGUUUUCAACGAACUAAAAAACUUGCUUGAUUCAGAUACCAUUCUAAUACAUUAUGACGUGUCUAAACCGUAG